GAAAGAUCUACUAAGCCACAGCAAUGUUUUCUUCCGCCCUCAGUCCUGUCUGCCUAGCUUUCCCUCACUGCUUUUCUUCACUGUUCUUGCAUGAAAAGAGAUCCAGGAUGACAGGAAAUGUGAUGACUCAUCUGACAUCAGAUCGAGUCCUUUUUAUCUGCCCUUUUUGUUGGCCUCAGUCUCUGAUAUUGGGAACAGUCGUGUUAUGUUUGUGAAUGUUUUUAUUUUACAGAAGACACAUGGAUUGCAGUGGGACUCUGAUGAUUUAAAGGUCUGAUGCAUGUGACUGGCUGAUAGCUCUUUGUUUUCUACAAUCCUUUGACUAGAAAAAGAAAUCAAAGUAUUUUAGUCAUGCUGACCAGCAAGGGUCAGGGAUGCCUUCACUUUGAUUUGUGUCUCUGGUUGUGUAUAUUCAUACCUUUCUUUAAAGACUGUGCAGCCUGUGCGUCUGAAGAGAGACUCUUUCACAAACUGUUUUCUCAUUAUAACCAGUUCAUCAGGCCUGUAGAAAAUGUUUCUGAUCCUGUCACAGUGCAUUUUGAAGUGGCCAUCACACAGCUGGCCAACGUGGAUGAAGUAAAUCAGAUCAUGGAGACCAAUUUAUGGCUACGUCAUAUCUGGAAUGAUUAUAAAUUGCGUUGGGACCCAGUGGAAUAUGAUGGCAUUGAGACACUUCGUGUUCCUGCAGAUAAGAUCUGGAAGCCGGACAUUGUUCUCUAUAACAACGCUGUUGGUGACUUCCAAGUGGAAGGCAAGACAAAAGCUCUUCUUAAAUACAAUGGCAUGAUAACCUGGACUCCUCCAGCUAUUUUUAAGAGUUCCUGUCCUAUGGAUAUCACUUUUUUCCCCUUCGAUCAUCAAAAUUGUUCUCUAAAAUUUGGUUCCUGGACAUAUGACAAAGCUGAAAUCGAUCUUUUAAUCAUUGGAUCUAAAGUAGAUAUGAAUGAUUUUUGGGAAAACAGUGAAUGGGAAAUUGUUGAUGCUUCUGGUUACAAACACGACAUAAAAUACAACUGUUGUGAAGAGAUAUACACAGAUAUAACCUAUUCUUUUUACAUUAGAAGGUUGCCCAUGUUUUACACUAUUAACCUGAUCAUUCCUUGUCUCUUUAUUUCAUUUCUAACUGUGUUGGUCUUUUACCUUCCUUCUGACUGUGGCGAAAAAGUGACACUUUGCAUUUCAGUUCUGCUUUCUCUAACUGUGUUUUUGCUGGUAAUCACAGAAACCAUCCCGUCCACGUCACUCGUGAUCCCCCUGGUGGGUGAGUACCUACUGUUCACCAUGAUCUUUGUCACCCUGUCUAUCGCGGUGACUGUGUUUGUGUUGAACAUACACUAUCGUACCCCAACAACACACACCAUGCCCAAGUGGGUGAAGACGGUUUUCCUCCAGCUGUUACCCAACAUCCUAAUGAUGAGGAGGCCUCUGGACAAGACAAAGAAGACAAAUUCUGAUAAGAACCCCAAAGGCACUUCCAGUAGGCCUGCCAAAGUCAAGUUUGAUAAUCGCAGAGAGCCCGAACUUCUUAAAGAAUGCUUCCACUGUCAUGAAUCACAUCAGCUUGCCACCAGCAAGAGAAGAUUAAGUCAUCAGCCUUUACAAUGGAUGACAGAAAAUUCAGAGCAUUCGCCUGAAGUCGAAGAUGUGAUUAAUAGUGUUCAAUUCAUAGCAGAAAACAUGAAGAACCAAAAUGAAACAAAGGAGGUAGAAGACGACUGGAAAUAUGUAGCCAUGGUGGUAGACAGAGUGUUUCUUUGGAUAUUUAUAAUUGUCUGUGUGUUUGGAACUUCAGGGCUAUUUCUACAGCCGCUGCUGGGGAACACAGGAAAGUCUUAAGGAUUUUAUCUUCUGAAUCUUACAGAUGCUAUGUUUGUUCUAUGUUUCCUAAAGCAAGGAAAGGGAUCUAAAACUUCCCAUCUAGGUCUCCCAUCUACUGAAGCCAAUGACUAGAUGGAAAAAGAGGACUUUAUCGCAAUUUAGGAGGCUGAAUGUCCUUUGUAGCACAGAGGAGUACUUUGAGGUGUGCUAUAACACUGGAGCCAAGAGCGGGUAGCACCCACAGACUUCCCUCGUCUGAAUACAUUCAGCGUCCAGAGACACAAUGAUCCAUAAUACAGCAAACUAUGUAAUCAACAUCAAGCCACACUAAA